AUGGCUCCCAUGGCUUCCCAGUCCAACCCUCAGGUCGACAACCCCGCUGGGAAGACGACAAUACAGGAGUCUCAAAGUCAAGUUCCUAUUUGUGACUGGACUGAAAAGGCCGAAAUAAAGCUGAGAAGAAAAAUUGACUUUACAGUCUUGCCAAUCCUCAUGCUCGGUCUCUUCGCCUUACAGCUAGAUAGAGGUAAUGUGGGCUACGCAAUGACAACAAGCUUCACAGAUGAUCUCGGUAUAACCAAAGAUAUCGUCAACUAUGGCAACCAACUCAUGCUAGCUGCUGUUGUCAUCUUCGAAAUUCCCUUCAACAUGGUUUUAUCCAGAUUUGGCCCUGCCCUUUGGCUCAUUAUACAGAUAUUUGCGUGGGGGACAGUUGCAACAGGCCAAGCAGCUAUACACAAUAAAUCAGGGUUUUACGCCACACGAUUUCUGCUUGGAAUGUGGGAGGCUGGAUACCUAGCUGCUGCGCUGACGAUUAUCGCGUCGUUUUACACUCGGAAAGAAAUGGCACUGCGAGCUACCCUGGUUUAUGUUGGGAAUUACUGCUCUGCCGGUGUGAGUGGACUGCUUGCCGGUCUGAUCUUCAGAAUCCCAGAGACAAGUGGCUUCAAGCGAUGGCAGUGGCUUUUUCUUAUCGACGGUCUCUUUACUAUACUCGUCGGCGUUGUAUUCAUCUUCAUCAUGCCCCGCUCGACGACAGAUACGCUUCCACUCGCAGGUAUUAAAAGGUUCAACGUGUUUACCGACAAAGAGAGAGACAUCCUUGCCAAGCGCGUCAUUCUCGAUGAUCCGCGCAAGUCAGUCAAGCUCUCUGGAAUCAGUCCCAUGACUGCGCUUCGCAUUUGCUUGACAAACUUUCCAAUGUGGGGUCAUUUCAGCAUCAAUGCGGUUAAUAUCACUCCUAAAGGAGGGUUGGUCUUUUACACGCCUACCAUUAUCAAGAACCUCGGCUUCUCUGCAUCUACUGCUAGUUUCUUGUCAGCCGUUCAUAACUUUGGAGUAUGUAUCUUGUCAAUCUUCGUGUCUUGGAUCAGCGACAAGACAUUGCUACGCGGCCCAGUUUGUCUAAUAUCCGGCGUGUAUUCGUUUGUCUUCUCAGGUGUUCAAUAUGCUGUUGUCGGUAGUGGCGACGUUUGGAUGAAGUACGCUAUCCUGACGCUACUCAACUCUGGUGUGGCAAUAGCCCAGGCGCUUAAUGAUGCGUGGUUUAGUAUCAACACUCAUGAUCCUCAAAUCAGAUGCAUUGGGCCAGGAAUUGGCCGUUCAGUUACCUCCCUUUUUGCAACCAAGCACUAUAAAAAUGUUGCGUUGAUCGCUCGGCGCCCUGUACAUCUGAGGAUCGAGAAAGCUGCGGUGCAGGAGGCAGCAGGCCCAAGUGUCAACGUGCAAACAUAUGCUCUCGACGCUACUGACACCGAUGCAUUACUGUCCGCCCUUAAGCGUAUCGAAGAAGAUCUUGGUAGAAUUGAGUGCGUUUUCUACAAUGCCGCUCGAGUUCAGAACUCUUCUUUUUUCGACUAUGAUGUCAAGGAGAUCGAAUACGACUUUAAAAUCAGUGUUUCCGCACUUUACUCAACCACACAGUACUUGAUACCCCGUCUUGUUGAACUGGCAAACACCCCAUCUCAAUAUAAGCCAGCUUUGAUCGUUACUAGCUCUAUGUUACCAUUCGAACCGAUGACUGAUCUAUUUGCCUUGUCACUUGUCAAGGCGGCGCAACGAAACCUGGUCCAGAGUCUAGCUAUGGUAUACAAACCCCAGGGAGUUCACGUGGGUGUUAUCAAUGUUGCAGGGUUUGUUUCUGAAGAAGAAAAGGAGCGAAAUCCUAAAAAUAUUGCGCACAGAACGUGGGAAUGGUUCACAUCGGAUGGAGACGAUUCACCUUUUGAGGUUAGAAUUUGA